AUGACGGCUUCACAAGAUACUGGUAAAGCAGAACCCCGGCCAACAGGGAUCAAGGUGAUUAUCGUGGGAGCAGGAUUUGGCGGCUUGACGGCCGCGAUAGAGUGUCAUCGCCAUGGCCACAGUGUGGAAAUAUAUGAAUCAUUUCCUAAACUGAAGGCACUGGGGGAUAUCAUCUCCUUCGGGCCUAACGCUGGCCGGAUAUUUCGACGCUGGUCUGACGGCAAGGUUGCGGAUCGCCUAAAGCCCCUCAGUAUUGAUCUCAAGAACCACGGUUUCAAAAUCCACAAGUGGACAGGCGAGCUGGUUCACACGCAGCCGGCACAUGAGCCUGAUUCUGAAGCACCGGUCUUUAAUGGCCACCGGGGCGAGCUGCACUCGGUGGUUUUCAACUAUGCCAGGGAUGAACUUGGGAUUCAUAUCCAUCUUGGCAACAGGGUUUCCAAAUAUUUCGAGGACGGAAACCAAGCAGGCAUUAUUCUGGAAAAUGGCGAAAGAGUUGUCGGCGAUGUAGUCAUUGGCGCAGAUGGUGUGCGUUCGAAAGCGCGUGAGCUGGUCCUGGGCUAUGUUGAUAAGCCCAAAUCCAGUGGCUAUGCUGUUUACCGUGCCUGGUUUCCGAAUACUGACAUGAUUCGCGAUCCAAGAACAAGGCAUUUUUGCGAUGGAGACACCUUCAACGGCUGGAUCGGGCCCGAUGUGCAUUUUUUGUUCUCCACUAUUAAGAAUGGACAAGACUGCUGCUGGGUACUAACCCAUAAGGAUGAUGCAGACAUCGAAGAAUCCUGGUCUUCCCCAGGCAAACUUGAGGACGUGUACAAAGUCAUUGAAGGCUGGGAUCCGCUUUGCAAGGCGAUUAUCGAGAAAACACCUUCAUUGGUCGACUGGAAACUUGUAUAUCGUGACCCACUGCCCCGUUGGGUGAGCGAUCAUGGACGCAUUGCUCUGCUUGGCGACUCGGCGCACCCUUUCCUGCCAACUUCCGUGCAAGGUGCGACGCAGGCAAUGGAAGAUGGUGUUGUGCUGGCUGUAUGCUUGAAGCGUGGCGGGAAGGCGUAUGUUCCGGCUUCUGUACGUGCAUAUCAAAAGAUCAGAUACGACCGUGUUUGCGCCGUCCAGAAGACUGGCGAGUCCACGCGCAACUUAUGGCACAAGGCGGACUGGGCUAAAGUCGCCAAAGACCCCGCAUCGAUUCAAAUUCCUCGUCAGGAUUGGAUUUUCAAGUUCGACGCGGAGAAGAAUGCCGAAGAGAUUUUCUCUCGCGUUGUCAAUUAUUGA